CCCGGGUGCUAGUUGUGUUGUAGGUGGCAGAAGUGGUCUUCCGGAGGUCUACGGUAUGGAGGAAGAAGCGUUGAUUGUGCGUAAAUGGGUGGUAGCUGACCUUGAUGUGUUGUGCUUGAGCUCUCAGCUGGUCCACAGAGACCGAAGAGUGCUGCUGAGAGUUCAUUUUGAUUUGACUGUGCCACGUUAGGGCAUACACUGACCUGCUCUAACUUGAGUUUAUCUGGCUGCCUCACGGUUAGACUGAUAGUGGAAGGCGGCCAGGUUCAGCUACUCAAGGAAGUCCUACGUCUUGGCAGUGUGCGACGUUGAGGCCACGAGCUUGGCAGUGUGCGACAUUGAGGCCAAGACUUGCAUUUCGGUGCGGGGCGGAUCACUAUCCAUUCUUGCAUUUCGGUGCGGGGCGGAUCACUAUCCAUUUAUCUGUAAAGAUCUUCCACUGCUAUUUCCCAUCGUGCUCAUCCUCGUUGGCAAGCGUCGAUAGGUGUAGCGAUCGGCUUGUCGAGCAGUUGUUCGAAGGCGGCGCGCCUGUGUGUGUGUGUGUGUGAGAGAGAGAGAGAGAGAGAGAGAGAGAGAGAGAGAGAGAGAGAGAGAGAGAGAGAGAGNGAGAGAGAGAGAGAGAGAGAGAGAGAGAGAGAGAGAGAGAGAGAGAGAGAGAGAGAUGGAGAGAGGAGGACGGGGAGGAAGAGGGGGAGGAGGGAGGGGGGAAGGAAGAGGUGGAGGAGGCGGCAGAGAAGGGAGGGGAAGGGGCGGAAGGGGCCGAGGCGAGCCGGCGUAUGGGGAAGGGAGAGGAAGGGGAGGAAGGGGGCGUGGAGGAGGUGGAUAUGAUGAGGGAGGAAGGGGUGGGGGAGGGUAUGAUGGUGGGCGAGGAUAUGGUGGUGGGGGAGGGUAUGAUGGUGGGCGAGGAUAUGGUGGUGGGGGCAGGGGUUACGAUGAAGGAGGAAGGGGAAGAGGAGGGAGAGGAAGAAGUGGUGGGGGCUAUGAGGGUGGACAUGGCGGACCUCUUCCACCUGCAGCUCCUCCCCCACCUCUGGCUACCGAAGCGGCGGCUCAGAGGGCGCUCAGUGCAAGGUUGGGGGCGAUUACACUGGCGGAGAAGAGCCGUGCCGGAGCGAGCAGAGUGCUGAGGCCUGAUUACGGCAAGGUUGGCGAACGGCGAGUACUCGUAGCGAACCACUUUCCAGUGACUGUUUCCAAGCGGGAAAUACAUCAUUACGAUGUCGUCAUUUCUCCGGACGUUUCGAGAGGGACGAAUAGGAUCGUAAUUGCACAAUUGCAGGAACAUCAUCGGGUUUCUGACUUCGGAGGACGGCGAGGGGCCUACGAUGGCCGGAAGAUCUUGUGUUUUGCAGGGCCGCUGCCUUUCCAAGAGAAGGACUUCACGGUGGUGCUUCGGGACGCUGACCGAGAACAGCCGAGGGAGAGGGUUUUCAAGGUCAGAAUGAAGCUGGUCAAUCAGAUCAAUCUUGACCGACUUGAAAAUCUAUACCUAACGCAGUAUGAAUUGGCACAAGAGUGCAUCCAAAUGCUCGACAUUGUCAUGCGCGAAGCGGUUGCAACAAGGAACAUACCGGUGGGCAGAUCAUAUUUCAAGGAGGCGGGUAGUCAACCCCUCGGUGGUGGAGUCAUGGUCUACAAGGGGUUUUACCAGAGCAUCAGACCGGCUGACUUGGAUCCAGCUCGACCCGGACGAGGAACAUUGUCCCUGAUUGUCGAUAUGUCGGCGACGGGGUUUUACUGUGCCAUGCCUGUUGUACAGUUUGUCCAGCAGUUCUUCGGACAGAGAGCCAUUUAUGAGGGCCUAAGUGAUUCAAUGCGUAUCAAGUUGCAAAAGCUGUUGAAAACUGUCCGAGUUGAAGUCACCCACAGGGGUGGUCCCAAUAAGCCUCGGUACAGAAUUGGCGGGCUCACCAGACAGCCAACGGCAGAACUGAGAUUCACUCUAAAUGACGAACGGGGUGCAAGGGAAAUAACUGUCCAACAUUAUUUCAAACAAACAUACAACAAAGAUUUGCAGUUCCUGAGGUUGCCCUGCUUGGAAGUUGGGCCGAGGAAAAACUUUUUGCCAAUGGAGUGUUGUACGAUCGUUGCAGGACAGCCGUAUCGCAGAAAGCUGUCAGAUAACCAAACCCGAGAGAUGAUUACCCAUACGUCGAUUGAGCCAUUCAGGAGACAGGGAACUAUCUGCGAGUUUGUCAGCGCAAACGCCUAUGACCAGAGUGAGAUGUGUGUGGAAUUUGGAAUAAGUGUUGGGAAGAGUAUGCAGAGUGUCAAUGGGAGAAUUCUUCCACCACCGAAGUUGCUCUUCGGUGAGAGGUCAAGGUCAAGAGAGAUGAUUCCACAAAGAGGUGCAUGGAACCUGAUGAAUCAGACCCUCUGCGAACCAGCUACUGUUACAUUAUGGGGAUGUUUGUGUCUGGAGAGCCUCCCAGAUGACAUGGUGACCCAGUUUCUGAAAAAGCUGGCUUCGGAAUGCCAGAAAUAUGGGAUGAAAUUUCACCAACAGUGGAGCUCGUUCAAGCGUGCAAAUGCUGUUCCUGGGCAAUUUGAGCGCAAGCUGUAUGAAGUGAACGAAGAAUUAAAAGCAUUGAAAAUACGCAACAGAGUCGCUGACAAUGUCAUGAUCCUCUGUAUUUUGCCUGACAACAACAACAUCUACAGUCUCCUUAAAAGGUAUGCGGACACGUCGCUGCAUGUCGUGACACAAUGUGUACUGGCGAAAAAUGUGGGACCAGCAAAACUUCCCUAUUUGGCCAAUGUCGUAUUGAAGAUCAACAUGAAGGCAGGAGGGACGAAUUUCAUGCUCUCACAGCCUCCUGCAACUCUCACAAGCGUCCCCACAAUAGUGAUUGGAGCCGAUGUGACACACCCAGCUCCUGGAGAAGAUAUGGCGCCAUCAAUUGCAGCGGUUGUUGGGUCAAUGGAUUGGCCUGCGAGUACCAAGUACCAUUGUGUGAUGGCAACACAAGAGCAUCGGUGUGAAAUCAUUCAGGAUCUCUUCAAAGUUGACGAGCGCACGGGGCAUCCAAUGGGAAUGAUCAGGGAUGGGGUCAGCGAAGGUCAGUUCAUGGCUGUCAUGCGAAAGGAGAUCACUGAAAUAAAGAAGGCAUGCAAGUCGCUCGAUGCAAAUUACGAGCCAAGUAUAACCUUCAUUGUGGUUCAGAAGAGGCAUCACACGCGUCUCUUUGAUCAAGGACGAAAUGUGGAUCCAGGAACUGUUGUGGACCAGGGCAUCUGCCAUCCGACGGACUUCGACUUUUAUUUGUGCAGUCAUGCAGGCAUUAAGGGAACUAGUCGGCCUGCGCACUACACUGUCCUGUAUGAUGAAAACAAUCUCGGCUCAGAUGCCCUUCAAACGCUGACCAACAAUUUGUGCUAUACAUACGCGGCCUGUACAAGAUCGGUUUCCGUUGUUCCGCCGGCCUAUUAUGCGCAUUUGGCAGCAUUCAGAGCAAGGUUUUAUUUGGGCGACGUCUCAGAUGAGAGUUCCGCCUCGGAAGUGGGAGAGGGGGCUGUUGGCAGACAGCGCGUGAUUACCCCCUUGCCAGAAUUAAGCGACAGCAUAAGGAAGGUCAUGUUUUACUGCUGACUGCUGUGGACCGAAAUUCAGGAUUGAUGUCAGAAUGUGACAUCAGUGGAGGUAGAAUGUACAAAGAGAUGGGUUUGUUGGGGGGCACUGUGGAAGCCAUGGUGGACUGAAAAGCUGUUGCGCUUGGCUUUGGAAGAUGGCUGUUGUACUUUAGAGGAAUUUUGGUGGAAGGGAUGGGGGAGAGUUGUGGAUCCGCGAGAAGGGAAAACAACAGUUUUGUGGUGAACACUUGCUCUAUUGAAGAGAAAAAGCAGCAGGUAAAAACAGCAGUUUUGUGGGGGAGAAAUGUCUGGUCUACAGUUGUGAUUUAGAAGGACAUGAGCAUCACAUCGUUGUGGAAAGGAAGGUUGUAGAGGACAUGGAUGCCGAGUCACGUGCUGCUUUUGGGGUGUGAGGAGCUGCCCUGCGUGUGGACUGCGGAACUUGUGCAAGGGAAGUGUUGGCAAGGCGAGGACUGCAAGUAGCUGUUGCUCAGUCUGUUAUGUCUCCAUGCAUGGAAAGUACAUGCAUGGAAGUGGUGAAUGUCGCCAGAGGUCAGGCCAGGUCUUAGGGAUUGCAGUGUGUAUUUGUUGUGUGCCAUAGGCAAGUUGUACUUAAAGAAAGUGUGCUCGUAGAAUUUGUAUAGUGAUGGUGGAGUCUAGUGGGUGCAGGCCGUCUCACAGGUUAUAGACCUAAGAGGCAGCAGAAGGGGAGUCAAGGGAGAUGGAGGCUCAGCUCUGUUUUCAAGUUGGCAAUUUUGGAUGAAGUUACGAGUCAGCUUUGACUGGGUGAUGGGGGAAAAAAAAAAUUAAAAAAAUCAGAAACAAAAUUGUGAACUCUUGAUGUGGCCGUGUAGAUUGUACACUGUUAGGUUUGCGCUUGCCGGUGAGUAAAUGACCGUUUGUGGACUGUGGUGCUGUGUGUGUGUGGAAGCAAUUUUGUUGAGUGUGGAAGGAAUCGUGCUGCGAGUGGACGGAAUUGUGUGGUGAGUGGAAGGUAUCGUCAUUGGGAGGAUGAACUGUGUACUCUAGACUAGUUGUGUGUUUUCUGAGGAUGUGGAUGUGCCUCAUGUUUUUGCAGCUUGUGUUUUGCGUUCUAUAUGCAGUGAAUCAUGUGGAUGGUGUGGAAACGCUGGUGUGGAAACGCUGGUGUGGAAACGUUGCAGAGAGUGGAGAGGCGAAUGUGGAACUCGAAAGCCCAGAGAGGAAAUGCUGAUGAAAUGUGUGCUCAGGUUAUGGGUCAGGAAAUUGAAAAUACAAAUUUAAUACACAGUAUCUAUUGAUGAUCGGUGUCAUUGCGGGGUGAAGCAUGGGAAUGGUGCUGGGAGAAGUAUGGAUGGGGACCACAGGGUACUCGAGGCAUGUGAAUGGUGCGGGGAAGGGUUUAGUGAAAACUUUUGCAUGUAAAGCAGAA